CCAAUUCUCUGUUCUUGAAUUAAAAUUUUACACAAGAUACGAAGAAUACAUUGAUGAUGUGAGAAGAGAAGACCCUGAGAAAUAUCAAAAAUACAGGAUGUGGUUUAACUAUUUUGACACGCACGCCCGUUCAUAUCACAAUCUCUUCAACGACGGUGUACAUUAUUAUAAUAGUGAUAGCUGGGAAAUAGUAGAACACAGGAGAGAAUUUUACGAACUUGAUUUUGAGUUUAGAGACGGUGGAGAACACCCGCAUCUUAAUAUCCGAACAGGGAGAAGCCGUAUUCACGUCUCUCUGGUUGACACGGGUGAAAUGGUCAAAUCUUUUAUCGCUUCAGAUGGAACGUCUCGAGGAACGGAUGUGUUUAGGCUUUUUUCUACCAUAGAGAGUAAAAAGCACUUUCAAAUGUUAGUCAUCUCGGGGCAUACUACAUGGAUUCACCGGUUGAAUCCUAAGGCUCAUAACGCUGAGAUGCGACUCGGUACACUGAUAUUUAGGCUUUUGGCAGCU